CAGCUGUGUGUGGGUGUUUUUGCAAGCAUCGAGGAAAUAUGUAAUGACUGACCGAGCAGGAAGUAAAGCGUGUGUAUUUCAUAACCUUUGGACUUUAAGUGACCACGGCUGGGUUAUACAACAUGUUUAUUUAGCGACCAAAAUACUCCACUAACCGUCAUCCUCCUCUUGACUUUGUCUUGGCGACCAAUCUUUGUUACCCACCACGCUCCGACGUCACGGUGUUUGCCUCUGUGUGUGUGUGUGUGUGUGUGUGUGUGUGUGGGACUGGACACACAUGAUAAGACAGCCCUGCCCGUCCAGCAAACUGUAACACACACACGUACGCACCAAGCCGAGCAACAUUAGGUCCGAGGAAAAUAACAUAGGAAGGAGCCAAGGAGCUGAAACCAGCGGUGAGUAACACGCACAAGGCUCUGACAUAACCUGCAGUAUAAUGACAGGAAAGUUAGAACAUGUGGCUGCCCAUGCUUGGAAUGACGGCCUUGCCACACCUGGGAGGUUUCUAUGGAGGCUACAUCACACGCAAAGAGGUGAAGAACUGGUACCCAACCCUGCAGAAACCAUCAUGGCGCCCACCGAAUGCAGCAUUCCCCGUAGUGUGGACAUGUCUGUAUACAGGCAUGGGGUAUGGCUCCUACUUGGUGUGGAAGGAGUUGGGAGGUUUCACUGAGGAUGCAGUGGUUCCACUGGGACUGUAUGGGCUACAGCUAGCUCUGAACUGGACCUGGACUCCGAUUUUCUUUGGUGCACACAAACUGAAAUGGGCUCUCAUUGAGAUAGUGCUUCUCACUGGGACCGUCGGAGCCACCAUGGCGUCUUGGUAUUCUAUCAGCCGCACUGCCACUCUGCUGAUGGCGCCCUACCUGUCCUGGCUGUGCCUCGCCACCGCUCUAAACUACUGCAUAUGGAGAGACAACCCCGAGAAAAAAGAAGAGUAGGAGACACUUCUGUGUGCUGCGUUUGCAUUUGCACGUUCAGCUGAUAUUUCUGAGGAUUGAUAUUAAAAUACCAGCUUGUCAAAGAUCAACCAGUAUCUGCAGAUAUGUUAACUAAUGUUGAAAAAUGAUUUAACUCCAUAAUGAGGUCAUUGAAAAGUAGUGUGCCCAGCAGACUUGUUUGUUUACGGUCAUCUGCAGAAUCUAAAAUGGCAGCUUUAUACACCUGAGCAGGUGUGUUACUCCGUCCGAUCGUGGUAAUGUGAAUGUUUAACUGUCAACCUGCCUCUUUGUCACAGUUUUGUACUAAGCUGUUUGAUCAAAGACAUUAAAUCUCAUUUAUUAACUUCAUGUCCCAUGUGUGCAUUAAUAAUAAUAAUGAGUGUUAUGUUGUACUGUUACUGCUUUAACUCAAUUAAACAGAUUUUUAUCCAAUUAAA